AUGGACGACACGGUCGAAGACACGUUUAUGCCGCAUCAUUUGCUUACUAAUGAGCGACCCGCCGGCUCCAGACGCAAGAGAACAACAGCGAGAACAGCACUGGCCUGCACGUAUUGCAGACGGCGCAAAGCGAAAUGUUCAGGUGACUGGCCUUCUUGCCGUGCUUGCAUCAAGAGCAAGCGCGAGUGCCAAUACCCCGGCCUGCAGCCCCCAGCAACAGUCAUCGAAGAUGAAGACAGUGUAGAUAGCUCAAGUUUGAAGAGGCAAGUUCCCAACCACAGGUUAUCUGAUGCAAACGGCAGAUUUAUUCCGGACUUUGUGACCGGCGAUGUGCCCGCUACCACCAUAAGUGACAGGUAUGCCGAGCUUGCAAGGAAGGAACUGGUUAGAAUAUACGAGGAGCCGUCACUCGUAACCAUCCAGUGCUGCCUUGUCCUCUGCGUCCUCGAUGUCGGUGAAGGAGCGGAGCUCCGUGCAUGGUUGCGGCUGGGUCAUGCGGCGAGGCUCUGCCAGUUGCUGCUCCUGCAUAAACAGGACUCUAACCUGGGCCUCAUGGAUUGGGGUGGUCAAACCCCUCCGACAUCCGUCACCGCAAUUGAAUGUCGAAGACGAACGUUUUGGAGCUGUUUCUGCCUGGAGAGGCUCCUGGCCAACGGUCGAGACCGGGUGGCCACGUUCGUGGUCGAGGAUAUCACUACCUGCCUGCCUCAGACAGAGGAGCGCUUCAUAUACGGCCAACACGACCCCACUCGCACGCUCCAUCAUCACGACUCCCACCCGGAUCAUCAUGCUCAGGGGUCCGGUAGCUUACUAGCGUACACCGUCCAAAUUGUAGAGAUCUCGUCCAGGAUUGUCGCGUGGAGUGGGCGUGGGGGCCGGCAUUUGAACCACACAGCUCCGUGGGUGGAGGGAAUGCCCUUCAGGGCUCUGGAGAACGCGCUUGAGGAAUGGAGCCACCUCCCCGAACACCUCCAGUAUACGCCGCAGAACGCGACAGCAAUCACGGCGAUGGGAAGCGGAAGGCUCUGGGCCAUCAUGUGGAUGAUAUAUUUCCAGGCCAAGACGAUCCUCUACCGAGAAUAUCUCCCCUUUACCCCAAAGCCAGAGUACAAUCCUGUCAACGGUCCUUGCGACGGUCCAGUAUUGCAACCGGCUGCCGCUGAGGCACCAGAGGGUUUCUGGUACAAUUCCGCAGUCCAGAUGGUGGAGAGUGCCAACGCCAUAUCCGACUUGUACCAGUUCAUGAAAACGCGAGACCUCGGCGCAGACACCUUCCCUUUCCACGGCCUAGGGUUGAUGGCUGCGGCCAGUAUUCAUACAAUGUAUUCCAUUUUCGACUGGAAGGCGAUUGUAGGGAAAGACGUGUCCCGUGAGUUCCUUUGUAAGGAUAUGGACGCCUUCAAUCAUCUUGGUCAGCGAUGGAGCCUCGCGGUCCAUUGGAUCCGGCAGGUCUCUCUUUAUUACAAACUCAACUAUUUGACGAAACGGUCAUGGACCAGCCGGUCCGAGAUCAGCAUGCCUAUCAAGGAUAUCAAAGACGGAAUAGUCAAUUACUUGCGGCAGAUUAGCCCAAACGACCGAGCGGCCAGAGAUGCCAACCUGAAAUCGACAUUCGACUUUGAGAGCUGGAUCACGGCCUUGGAGUCGUCAGUCGGGGAUGAUGAAGCGGCAGGGCAGGGCGUAUCUGAUGGUCAGUACCCAACGCCCAGCGCUUCCGAGGUUGCACAGGCAAGAGAGAUCGUGUUCCAUGACGACCCAAUGGACACCUAUGGCUUCUUUAGCCUCGAUGGGCUGGACUCGAUCUUCUCGGAGGAUCGGGGUGUCGGGGCAGUACUUGAAAACUGGGGAAGUUGGCCGGCGCACGGGAUGUAG